UCUGGCGAGUCGUGUGCCCGCAAAUGGACUACUCAAUUGCAAAAUAUCGCGACCAUUUACGGAAUAAAAGGAAAAUUUGUAAAGAUGCUAAUGUUGAGCAAAAUAAAGGGAAAAGCUUAUGAGUGGCUGCACGCAGAUGCAGACCGCGUGUUGCUACCGUUGGAUGACCUAAUGGCAGAGCUGAUCUCAACGUUUAGGGGAAAAUCAUCGAAGUUGGAGAUACGACGCAAAUUCGAAGGGCGCAAAUGGAAAAAUAGCGAAAGUUUCGGGAGUUAUGUCGACGAUAAGAUAAUGCUUGCUCAGGGCAUUAAUAUUGAUGCAGAUGAAAUGUUGAGCUGCAUCAUUGAAGGUAUCCCCAAUCAAGGGCUACGCAAUCAGGCGCAUAUUCAAUGCUUUGUGGAUGUUGGGCACAUAAAGAGGGCGUUUGCGGAUGUAAGCUUGCCAAAGCUAUAUGGAGUUGGCAGGCCGACUACAUCAACGGAUCCCAAGGACAGCAAGGAGACUCGUUGUUUCAAUUGCAAUGCCAAAGGGCAUUGGGCGUAUGAGUGCAGGAAGUCGAAACGGGAGAAAGGAUCAUGCUAUGCGUGCGGAGAGAUGGGACACUUUGUUGCGAGAUGCUUGAAAAACAAAAACAAGAACGAGGGCGAAAACAAAUAUAAUGCCUCAUAGAUACAGGAAGCCCAAUUUCAUUUAUUAAAAUAUCCAAAGUGCCAGAAGACAUUUCAAAAUUACCAGUUUUAAGUUCCUAUUAU